AUGGCGUCUGAUGAUGAGAAUGAGCUCCAGCCUGGUGAGGUGGCCGGGGUCAGUGCCUGUUGGCUCCAGCCACCUGUUUGCCGAGCUCGUGGCGCAACGCGGCGGUCAUUUUUCGGAGAGACUUGGUUGCUGCGAAAAAAAAAACGGGAAGGUAAAUAUCUACGUCGUACAAUCGCACUUCCGCUUGAUCGCGAACUUUUCGCACUGUUUGCUCUCGUUCGCGAGGCUUGCGCUCACUCGCUUGCAACUCCGAGAGCGCCGAAGUGA